AUUUCUAAUGUAUCCCUGUAACGCUACAACUCUACCAUUUAACACUGGGCAAAAAAAAAAAAUUAAUAUAAUGCAUAAAUGUUGAAUAAUAAUGACAAAAUUGUUCACCCAGCAGUGAUUAAACUGGAUUGAAUUUGUCAGAAUUGUUAUUUUUACAUAAAUAUAUUCUGGGUCAUUAAUACCGUUUUAUACAUGACUACAUUCUAUCAGAUUUGUUCCAGAUUUAUAAAUAUCGGGAUACUAGAUAAACAAUCAACAUUUGGAAAUGCAAUGAGACCAUGGAAGACAUGAACAGUGGAACAUCAUUGACAACAUCCAGCUUUUAUGGAGCAAAGAACAAAAGAAAAUGGAUGGGUCUGCAGAACUCAAUAGAGACCAUGGAAAAACAGUUUAAGAAAGAGAAAAUUCCUAAACCAUUUCCAAGCAGGAUUCUGGGACCCUCUGUCAAGUGGGAAAUUUUCUUCCGACAGCAAGAUGCUUUCAGCUACAGCAGAAGUAAAUCCAAGGAUCUACAUGUAUUUGCCUUUGAGAGUGAUUCAUUUGAGGGUAAUUCUGGACAACGCCUCUACCUCGCCACAAGCUAUCCAGUCUUCUGGCAUUACUACAGUCAGAUGGAUGAUGACAAAAGGCAUCAUUAUGAAGUUAUACCUGAAGGUUGUGUGUGUAAGCUGUACUUUGACCUGGAGUUUGACAGAACCCUGAACCCUGCAGCUGACGGUGAUGCCAUGGUGGAGACAUUCAUUCAGGUAAUUUGUGCUGGACUUUCAGAAGAAUAUUCACUCAUUGCCACACGGAGAGAGGUACUGGAUUUGGAUUCAAGCACUGAGGUGAAGUUCAGUCGACACUUGAUAUUCCAACUACAGAAUGCAGCAUUCAAAGAUAAUAUUCAUGCAGGCAGAUUUGUGUCACACAUUCUCUCUCAAGUUCUUCUUGCUGUUGAACAAGGAGAUAAAGAUGCAGCCCUUGCACAGAACAUGAACAAUGUGGAAAAUAAUCAAAGUGAUGAUGUUAUAGACUCGAAUAAUGAAAAUGGAAAUAUACCUUGCUUAGAGUCAAAGGCUGAAGAUGUUGUGAAAGAGUUGACAGUCGACGGUUUAAAAGACAAUAUGAAAGAAGAUAACUGUAUGAGAAACAAAUUGCUGAAGACAGUUUCAUUAGCUGAUCUCGGCUCACUUUUCGUACAGAGCAAACAUGGAGAAAUGGUCUUAUUUUGUGAUACAGGUGUGUACACAAAGUACCGCAACUUUCGUUUGUUCAAGUCAUCGAAACUGCAGAAGAAGAAUCCCCUGAACUUGUCUGAAAAGAACCUCUACACUCCAACACUUUCCCAGGGACAGUCAACAGAGGAGGCUGUGUUUUUUUACUCCCUUAUCGCCAAUGUUAAGUAUAGCAGUGCUCUGAGGGUUUUGACAUUUGAGACGGAAACUGAAAUGAAGCAGCAAAGGAAACGACACGACACAUGCAAGAAAGGCGAGGCAACAAUUGAUGGUUACAGUAAAUCCCCCUACCCCGAAGUGGAUGAAUACAUCAUAAGCCUUAUCACACAGGACUCUGGGAAGGGUGUUAUACGACACUGGACCUACUUUCAGGAAGGAGAGCUGCUGGUGUAUGAAAUCACCAGAUACAGAUACUGUCACAAUAUAGGACGUCAUCAUAAGAGCAACAAUGUCAUGUUAAUUGCCGACCUUCAGCGAGGAGUGUUUUACCAGAAAUGUCAUGACCCAGACUGCCAUAUGCAGAAUUACAAGUCUCCAGAAUGGCCGUUGCCAAGGCAUGUGUUACCAGCCAGUUACUUUGAUGACCUUGAGGAGGAAGGUGACAACGGCUCCAGUGACAUGGACGAUGAAGAACUCCUCAACAGCACACUAGAGCUGGAAAAACACCUGCAACACAGGAAUCCAGACCCAGAAAACACAUGUGACGAUUUUGAAGAUGGUUCUGAUGAAAUCAUAUUACAGUCAGCAGUAAUUUUGGAAUCUUCCCUCGGAAGAUGAUAUUGGCGAUAGUAGAAGACUCCCUCAGACCCAUUGUCGUGCACCAUCUGACAUUAAAAGUGUUUCUUACAGGAAAAGAUUUGCAUACUUGUGCCAAAGGUUAACAUUUUAUCUUGUAUGCAAUGUAGCAUAUUAUUCUUUUACAUAUAUGUGAUUACAAAUUUUAAUGAAGUACCGUACACGUUUUGUGCAUUUUGAUUCAUGUGUCAAAAGGAAUUAGAUUUUUUUCUUCAACAACAAUAAUAACUAUUCUCUAUUCCUGUGCAAGGGCAAACAAUCAUAGUAUUUGUGUUAUCCUGUGUCACUUUUGAAUUGUUAUAUAACACAUUCUGUGAUGACUGGAGAUACAAAAUAACAGUUUUUAGCUGUACUUGCCAAAGGCCAGAAGAGCUUAUGCGAUGGUAAUGUGUACGUAGUAUGUGCAUCCGUGCGUCUGUAAACGAUUGCUUGUGAACACGAUACAGUCUUCAGUUUUGAUUGUAUCUCGAUGAAACUUGUGCAGUAUCUAGAUAUCCAUUAGAGCUUGGUUCCUUUCGCAAACCAGCCAGAUCCGCCAUGCAUGCCUAGAUUAUGGCCCUUGAUAGUAUAAAAGAAUGCUAUUGUGUAAACAAUUGGUUGUGAACAUGAUACAGUCUUCAUUUUUGAUUGUAUCUCGAUAAAACUUGUACAGUAUUUAGAUAUCCAUUAGAGCUCAGUUCCUUUCGAAAACCAGCCAGAUCCGACCAUGCAUGCCUAGAUUAUGGGCCUUGAAAGUAUUAUAAAAUCAGUUCGUCUGUAAACAAUUGCUAGUGAACCUGAUACAGUCUUCAGUUUUGAUUGUAUCUCGAUGAAACUUGUACAGUAUUUAGAUAUCAAUUAGAACUCGGUUCCUUUUGAAAACCAGCCAGUUAUACUUUGUAAGGGAUGGACUACAUUUGAAAUAAUGCCCCUUGGGCAAAAGCUGGCCCCACCCCUUUUGACUUACUUAUUAAUUUUUAAAGCUACAGUAAUGAAAUUUUGACCAUGUGAACAGUUUUGCAAACAAGCAUUAAUGUUGUCCUCGGAUGUCCUUGACUUUGACCGACUUUUUAUUUUUAAAGCUAUAGAAAUGAAAUUUUGACGAUGAGUACAGUUUUGAAAGCAAAUAUUUUUUACCCUCAGAUUACCUUUACUUGGCACAUAUUAAAAUAGUUCAUGCAACUAAUCUGCUAACAACACUUCCAUGUCCUCAGAUGUUGAACGUGCAGCAUUUUCAGCUAACCCAAACACUAAAAGUGAACUAUAUAUUUGUUGCCUGUUACUCAAACGUACAUGCUCUGGAUUGAAAAUGACCACAAGAGCCAUGCCAGUAGAGCAUACGCCCUUUUGGGCCUCUUGUUCAAUUAAUGUGUUUAUUCAUUUGUUGUGUAAAAGAAUAGUUUGGAAUAGGAAUAGAAAAUAUAUACCAGUGUAAUGUAACAAUCCGAUAGCAUUGUUUGUAUUUAUGUACAUGUCUACAUGUAGUCCAAUAUAAUUUCUUUUAUUCAUUUAUGGCGUUUUGUUGGCUGUCUAAUGCACAUCCCCUUUUUUAAGAACUAGCAAGCUGUCAAAGUGUGUCGCAAUAAAAUAAACAACUGUAUUUUAAAAUCUGAAGAAAAUUGGUUUUCAGCUGUAGAAAACUGAUGUCCUAGCAAUAGCAUGCCAUUGUAGACAUAUCUGAUAGUUCUGGCUUCCAAUGUUUUUUAAUCUUCGCCAUUAAUUUUUGUCUAGCAUGUUUACAAUAAGCUUGACACAGUUGUCACAAAAGCAGAACUUCAGUGCGUCAGCCUGUAUGUUGGUCACACAAAUGUUGGCUUGUCUUGGCCACGCAUUGGGGGAUUUAAAGUAACAUGACAAAAAUGUUACAAUGAGAAGAUGCCAUGGUGUGUGCGAAACCCAUGUCCAAAUCAUUAUGACAGGUCAUUGUUAAAGAAAUCUUGUAUUUGGUUUGUCUGCUGUGUAACUUGGCCAUGCAUUUGGGGAUUUGCCUUAACUAUGUCUGUAGGUUUAAGGUCAACAUCUUAUUGGAGUGGUCAAAAUUCUUUUUUGUUGGGGCUGUUACUUGGCCAUACAUUGAGCAGUUAUAAAAUAUAUCAAGGAGAUGAUGUCUAGUGCAA